UAAACUGAUAUUACUGACAUGCCAAGGGACCAGCAAAAAGGAGAGGAGCAAGAAAAGCAUCUAACAGGAGCAGGGAAGAAUAUAUGAGUUAAAGCAGGUCUUUAAUGAGCAGGUUCGCUUGGACUUAGUGAAGUCUAGCCCUAAUGUGACUAAAGCUGAAGAGAGGGCAAACCGGUCCCUGCAAGAGUCUCAGCAGGUGAAACCAGAGCUUGGGCUCCCUUGGAUGUUGGUGUAUGUCCCUGUGAGAAGUUGCCAUAGAGUCCUGAAGGAAAAGUUUGGGGAGUUUUCUCCUCCAACAUACAACCAUUUUCAGCUAAAUAUUUGGUGCAACUGGACCAUAUGGGCAGGCUCCAGAAAACACACAAUCAUUUAUAUCAAAGGAUUUAUGACUGAUGAGGACUGUGACAAAAAUGAGGAUAAAAUCCUAUUUCAAGGAGUCUCUUCAUUAGUAGAAAACACUGUCAUCUAUGCUUGUUGGAACAAGAAGAUUCAUGUCUUUGCCACCUAUGCCCGGGCUGUCCAUGUAGUAUUUCUGAUGAAGUAUUCUUCAAACCCUAAAAACAAAUACUUUAAAGGAAAGUAUUAUAUAUUCAAACACCGUGACAUUGACUCCUCUUCUGAAGAUAUCUUAGUUUCUCAAGCCCCUAUUCUAAAAUCAAAGAAAACUAGUCACAGCACUCCCAGAUCUAACAAAGUAUCAGUAAUAUACCAUGGAGAGAUUUCGGAUGAUACAAACAUUAGUACAGCUUCAAGUACUGAGAAUCUUAACAAAAACCUUAACAAGACAACUGUACUUAAUAACACAGGGUUAUUACAGGUAGGGGGUGAAGGUCAAAAUGUCGCAGUUCUUGAAAGUUCUCUUCAGCUUAUACCUCAGCAUGGUGCAAGGACUCGGCUUUUAAAACCAGAAGCUCAGAGCUUGCUGGAGUCUCUCAGCUUGUCUACAAUAUCAAUGGACAAAGAAGAGAGUCUUGGCAUAGGAAAGUCUUUUGGAAGACUACCCCAAACUGCAGCACCUGAUAUCCGGGAGUUGAGACCCUCAGGGUGUGAAGAAGUCCUGGUGGUCUUUAGCCAGGUGUACAGGCCAGAAAGUCUUCCAGGCUUUCUUUCUGAGACUCCUUACCCAAGUGUUUCUCCUCUAAUUGAACCCUUGAAAUCUAUAGAGUUACAAGGACCAGAGAGCGAAAUGUCCUUUUUACUCACUAGUUUGAUGCAAACUAAUAUGGGAGAUUUACAACUGAAUAUAAAUCCAACACCUCUAAGUUACCCUGUCCUGGCCUCAUAUUCACAUGCUGUAGCCCAUGACAGAGUGGAAACCAUAGGCGACAAGAAUAUUGGCUCUACCCCUUCCCAAAGUCUCAGCAGGGUUACCUUGGUGAAUGACGAAAAUCUUUUGCAGUCAAACAUCUUGGCUUAUCAGGUGAUGAGCAGUCACGGUGAUAGCCUUGUGAAAGGUUCAUUGCCUAGCCUCAGAAUGACCAGCCAGGAUCAAGUGGUGCUUGGUGAUCAGUCACAGCCUGAGACAAGGGGAAUGGAUAAAGCUGGAAGUUACCAAAUAAGUUCUACUGAGAGGGUCAGUGGAGAUAAGUCUGUAACUGAACUGGAUCUGAGAACAAUGACCCUCAAAAAUAUUAACCCUCUUGAUGUUUCUGUUCUGGAAAGUUCUAUGGAAGUCCUUGACCAGCCAAAAAUCACAUUGGUUACUGCAGCACCAUAUGGCUUGUCAGACAGUGAGCACCACUUGAAGCUCCUAAGCAGUCAACCUGUGGAUUCUGCUUCUACAGAACUAGAAAGCAUCCUUCCAAGGACAGAAGUGUCCCUGCAUCCAGCUGCUAAGGUAAAUGUGUCAGAGGUGCUCUAUUUGGGCAUGAAAAGCAGCCGGCAAGUGGGCCUGGUUACAGGACUGGAGCCUGUUCCAAGUACGGAAGUUUCUCUUCCUCCAGCUGCCUCAGAACUGGAGCUCAUCCCAAGUACAGAAACCUCCCUUCCUGUCCAUCUCACAGAACUGGAGCCAGUCAUCCCCUUCCCACAUACAGAACCAUCCCUCCCUCCAGCUGCCUCAGAGCUGGGCCCUCUCCUCUUCCCAAGCGCAGAAGUGUCCCUUCCUGUGUUUCCCACAGAAACAGAGCCUGUCACCUCAGCAUUGGAGCCUGUCACCCCUUUCCCAAGUACAGAACCAUCCCUUCCUCCAGCUGCCUCAGAACUGAGGCCUGUACCUGGGAAGGGGAGAGAAGUGACCUUUCCUCUGGCUGCUAUAGAACUGGAGCCUGUCAUCCCAAGUAGAGAAGCGUCUCUUCCUCCAGCUGCACUUAAAAACGAGCUCCAUUGGAGAACCAAAAGCAGCUACAACACUGACACAGAGCUAGAUCGUAUCCCUCUAAGUACAACUGUGCUGCUUCAUCCAGCUUCUCAGAAAGAGGUCCUGUUGGAAGGCGAGCCUCCCUCAAAGCCACACCAUGACUGCUAUGGGGCUCCAGCUGCUACAGAACAUAAACAUGCCCUCCCAAGUACAACACCAUCUCUUAAUUUCUUUCUUCAAGAAAGGAAAAUAGGUGUCCAACAAUCAAUACUAAAAGGUGAGAGAGAGGAGGGCAUCCAUGAGACAGAAACUGCACAACCUGGAAAGGCUGGUGAAAGGAAUUUAAUCACAAACUUCAUCACUGGCAACUCCUUCUCGGACACGGCUCCGCUGCAAGCCUUAAAACCAGAACCUGAGCUUGGACUUCUUGGAUCUGAGGGCCAUACAAGUAAACUUUCUCCAGUAACUGAGUACCUCGCUACAACACCCUUCGUGGUAACAAGGACGAAUAGAGUAAAGCAAAAUGAGCUAAGGUUUAAAAAUGGUCUUAUGACCUCUAACACUAGGGCUACUCCACCUCUGGAGCACAUAGCCAUGAAUACUAAAGUUAAAUUGACUGAUCCCGUAAAGGAGAUGAGUAACACAACACUGAAACAAAUAUUCCCAGAUACCACAAAACCUCAUGAAGUGCAGCAAACCACUGAGUGGAGCAGUGCCUUUCAGAGCUCUGCUACUGCAUAUAGGAACGCUCUGACUCCAGCUGAGAAACUGGCACCGAAAGAGAGCAUAGAUUCACGUCCCGUCCAAUCGUCUUCUGCUCGCGCACCUGAGAAUGCAUCAACUUCAGCAGCAAGAGUCUUCCCAAACUCUAUUGUGCCAGAAUUGCCUUGGUUGUUGCUGUAUAUUCCUAUAAGAAGUUGCCACGUCACCUUGAAAGAUGAAAUUGGGACAUUUUCCCCACCAGCAAGUAGUGGUAUUCAAACCAACAUCUGGUGCAACUGGACCAUUUGGGCAGGCCCCCAAAAACACAUCCUGAUUUACAUAAAGGGAUUUCAGGGGAAGGAAGAUUGUGAUGAAAACCCCGAUAAAAUAAUUUUUCAAGGGGUCUUGUCAAGUGUGGAAAGAAAAGUAGUUUAUGCUUGUAAGAACCAAGGUACUCUGAUCUUUGCUACUCAGGCUUUGGCUGUCCAUGUCGUGUUUCUGUCCAAGGGCAAUUCCUUAAACCAUGAACGCAAAUAUUUCAAAGGACAGUAUUAUAUAUUCAAGGACUAUGAAACUUCAAGAUCUACAAAUGAUACUGCAACUCCUCAAGAGCCAGUUCAAAAAACAACUAGGAAAACUAAGUACGGAAGUAUCCGAUUCUACCCUAAAUCACCCGUAAAACACUACAGAGGUCUUCUGGAUUUUGUAAAGACCAGCACAGCUCAUGAUGAAAAUCAACUGCUUAACAAGCUGCCUACGUUGGACGAAGAAGGCUGGGCCAAAAAUGGAAGCUCAACAAGACUAGAGACUUUCUUAAGGUUUGUUCUUGGGAACAACACACACGUCCCUCUCUUAAAAGCCAUGGACAACAUGACCUUCAGAACUCAUGAUCUGAAGUGGCAGCAGGUUAUGAAAUCUUUGGGUAAUGAAAACAGUAGGGAAGAAAAACGUUCUGACUUUCUAAUGGUAACACCAGCAUUAAAUAUAUUGAGGCUAAACAUCCAAAAUGCAAAAGAGCAAACUAUUGCUUUCAGUAAACUUAUGGACAGGCCAACAAUCCACUCGAACCUGCUCUCGGAGACUCUGCAUUUAAAGGAGCCUAUGAAAUCUGUGGAGAUGCGAAGUGUCAAAACAACAAAGUCAGUAGGACCACAGCACAGCUCAGCUGCUCUCUGGAGACCAGCUAAUAUGGAAGACCUACAGCCAGUUGGAAGACAAGCUGUGCAUAGACAGCCUACUCCUCAUGGCUUGCGAUCUCUGCAGGGCACAUGGGAAGAGCAGAACAUUCGGACGACCUCUUCUCAAAGCUUUAGAGCUGCGCCGAUCAGAGACAGAGAGGUGCUCCAGUCAAACCAUGUGAAUGAUGAGAAAGUGGCCAGUCAUCCUGCUGCUUUUGUGGAAGACUUCCAGUCUAAUACAGGGCUGAGCGGGGAUGGUCAAGAAGUAACUGGUCAGCUACAGCAUGUGAUGAACUUGGAGAGAAGAAUUAAAGAAAGUCCUAGUGAACGUCAAACACACAGAAAGGAAAAUGACAACAGUGAUCUGUACCUGAAGCCAGCUUCUGCCCUCAAAAAUGUUCAACCUAAUGUUGAGCCUCUUAUUUUGGGAACUCCUAAGAGAGUUCUCAAAACAGAGUCCAUCCUGGUUACUGUAGCCCUACACAACACGCUGGAUGUCUCUAGCAGCUACCAUGCAGAGACCACUGCUACUGAAUUCAAACUUGUUCUCCCAAGAAGCACCAGAAGUGGCCUGUUGGGAAAGACAUCUGUUGCUACCGCACAUCUUGGCUCGCCAGUAACCAAAGACAAAGCACCACCACUGAUCAUGAGCACAAAAUCACCUCCUUCCUAUGCCUCUUCUGGUGGAGUAUCAAAGGACACUGCAUCCUUGAAAAUAGAACAUGAAAAAGAUUCCUUUGAUAUGGCGUCCAUCUUCACAUCUCUUCAAAAUGAUUCCAACUUGGUAUCUCAGCACAAUCCUGGAGAUGUCUUAUUUGAAGUAACUAGUGAAAUUGAACACAAGGGAUGGAUUCCACGUAGUGGAGAUGAGCUGAAAAAGACUCUCAUGGAAUCCAUUAAGCUUCACAUACAAAAGAACCUGAAACUCUUGGUAAGCAAAGUCAAUGAAAUCAAGUUGAAGGAAAUCAAAAGGACAAAUGACCUAAAACCAACAUUCACUUUCUGGUUACACUUAAAACCAGAGGAAAGGAAUCUGUCUGUCUUACUCCAUUCUCAACUGAAUGAUCUCAUUGGCAAAUCUAUGGGAGCUGAGAAGGUGCAGAUGGCUUUAUUAUCAGUUAGAGAUGUGAAUGAAUGCAACUCUGGAAUUGGAAUGUGUGGUGAUGAGGCUGACUGCCUCAAUGAAGAUGGCACUUACUUAUGUCGCUGUAAAAAAGAGUACGAAGAUCGCUCUCCGACGAAAUCUGGCACACUAUGUGUCCGCAUUCCACAAUCAGGUAUUGGUGGUUUGUUCAGCUACCUGGAAAUUCUGGUAGGUACUACAGUAUUCUUCAUCUUCAUCCUCGUGGUGGUGGCAAGCAGUCUGUGCACAAUACUCAGGAAAAGACCCACAAAGAAGGCUUGUAUUGAGGAGCCGGUUGCAAGUGGAACAGCUUCUUCGGCACAGUCUCCGCUGCCUGUAUCUUCUAUUGAUCUGAGUAACCUUGGUGACCACCUGAUCCUAGACCCCUUCCGGCCAAAGCUCAGAGCCAAGCCCCCAGAAUGGACAUCACAAGUGCGAACCCACCCAAAUGAGACUUAUAGAAUCUCCGUUGAGCAAUCUGAACGUUUGUAAAGCAAACCUAUGCUGAAAGUUUGAGGUUUUUUUCUACUGAUUUCCUCUUAUUUGCCAUUCAUGAGCUGAAAUGGCCUAUUCCUUUCAACAGAACUUGAACAAUCCUGUGUCUCCUACACCUGUUUCUGUUGGCUGAAGUGAAUAGAGCUGUGGCUCAAAAGAAAAGUUAUUUUAG